AUGUUGACCUUGGCUGUACACGACAUACUAUGGGCAGUGGGCGCCGCUCUGCUUGCCUGUGCUGCCUUCAAGAUCAUCCGAGUCUUACUCUUGCCUUAUACAUCUUCCCUGCGUGAUCUUCCUGGCCCUCCCGCAUCGAGUUGGCUAUUGGGGAAUGUCAGCGAACUCAUGGCUGCUGAGGACUUCGCCUUGCAUUUUGAAUGGCUAGAGAAAUAUGGCCCGACGAUGAAGUACAAUGUCUGGUUCAAGUUACCCGAACUCCUCACGAUCGAUGCACGGGCAAUCAACCAUGUCCUCAGUCAUUCGCAGGAUUACCCAAAGCCGGAGGAAACACGUGUCAGCCUUGUAGAGAUACUUGGUAACGGGCUCGUGGUCGCAGAAGGGGAGCUUCACCGUCGACAAGUCAGUAUCAAUCUUAACCCGGCGUUUGGCCCGGCGCAGAUCAGAGAAUUGACGGAGAUCUUCGUUGAUAAAGCUCAACAGCUGCGAGACAUCUGGCGGAACGAAGUGACUACCUGCGGCGGGACCGUGCGGAUCGACGUCCAAAGCGGUCUGACGAAGAUGACACUCGACGCGAUUGGCCUCGCAGGCUUUAACUACAAUUUCAACGCGCUCAAUCCGGACGGCAAAGCGAACGAGCUCAACAGGGCUUUUGAGAUGAUGUUUCAGCGCAUGGCCGACCUCGAACGGAGCUACUGGCUCAUUAUCAGAUCUCUCAUCCCGAUCCUGCGUUAUAUUCCCGACGGCUACACCAGGGACACCGCCGCCGCUCAAAAGGUCACCCGGCGGAUUGGUAUGCAGCUCAUUGCGGAGAAGAAGGCAGCCGUGAGACAAGCAGCUCAGUCGGGCGAGAAGAACGCAGGGUCAGAGCUGAGGAGCCGUGACUUGCUCACACUACUCAUCAAGGCAAACAUGAGCCCCGAUAUCCCAGAAGACCAGAGGCUCUCGGAUGAUGAUGUCUUGGCCCGUAUGUUUCUUGUCGCUGGGCACGAGACGACCAGCAAUGCGACAACGUGGUGUUUGUAUGCACUCUCCCAGCAGCCCAACGUCCAGCACAAGCUGCGGGAGGAGCUCUGGGGUGUCCCGACGGAUAGCCCUUCGAUGGAGGAGCUCAAUGCGCUGCCGUACCUCGACGCGGUGAUUCGGGAGACGAUGCGCCUGUUUCCCCCAAUCGCGGGGACCGUGCGCAUUGCCACCAAGGAUGACGAGAUUCCUCUGGCUACGCCGUACAUGGACGCGAAGGGGCGUAUGCACGACAGUAUCCGGAUUGAUAAGGGAACCGCGUUCCCUAUUCCGAUUAUAGGCAUGAACAGGUCGAAGGCACUCUGGGGAGAGGACGCGCGGGAGUUCAGGCCGGAACGGUGGGGGUCCAUCCCUGAGGCCGCGCAGCAAAUUCCUGGUGUGUGGAGCAACCUGAUGACCUUCAUAGGCGGUCCACGCGCGUGCAUUGGGUACCGCUUCUCGCUCAUCGAGAUGAAGGCGUUGGUAUUCACGCUAGUGCGCGCCUUCGAGUUUGAGUUGGCGGUCCCGGUUGAGGAUAUCACGAAGAAGAUCGGACUCGUCCAGCGGCCCUUUGUACGCAGCGAAAUGGAGAAGGGAACACAGAUGCCGUUGAUAAUCAAGUCGCACACGCGAGAGUAG